AUGAGCCCUUCCAAUCAUGGACACGGUGACGGCCGCGGAGCCUCCGAGGACAAUUCCUCAGAAUCUCAUCCACUUCUGCCGAGCUUCAUCCCACAAACCAUCCACCCAGAUGGCGAGAGCGGCAGGAGUGGCUUCCAUCCUCGUCAUUUCUUCCAAGUCCUCUGGCAAAGCUCAAGUCAAGUGUCAAUGGCCGUAAAUCUGCUUUGGCCCUUCGUUCCUGUAGCAAUCAUCAUGCAUUAUGCCACCAGAGACCUCCAACUCUGGAUCUUCGCCGCCAGCUAUGUCGGCAUGGUGCCCGUUGCCAAUUUGCUCGGAUUUGCCGGUCAGCAGUUCGCACGGAAGAUGCCCAAGGUCUCCGGGAUUCUCAUUGAAACCACGUUCGGCUCAAUCGUCGAAAUCGUUCUGUUCCUCACCUUGAUCGUGAAGCACAAGCCUGUGGAGGGUACCGCCGAGCAUGGAAACCUCAUUCCAGUUAUACAGGCAGCUAUUCUGGGCUCAAUCCUCACCAAUCUGCUUCUGUGUCUGGGCUUGUGCUUCUUCGUAGGUGGCAUUCGACAGCAAGUCCAGACUUUCCAUGCCGCCGUGAGCGAGGUUGGCAGUGGUCUGUUAUUGGUGGCUGGCUUUGGGCUGCUGAUUCCAAGUGCCUUCUAUUCGGCCUUGAAAGGAUCGGCCGUCUCGCAUCCGAAACAUCACGGACAUCACAGCUUCACAGAUGAGAGGCUGCAGCACGACAUCCUCAAGAUUAGUCAGAUCACCUCGAUAUUACUUAUCAUCGCGUUCGCCAUAUACAUCUUCUUUAAUGCCCGCACACACCAUAGCGUAUUCGACGAAGUUCUCGAGCAUGAUGAGCACCGGGAUCUCGAUCGCCAUGAGGAUCUGGCCAAGCCCAAAUUCACGUUCACGGAAUGCGCCGUCGCAUUGACCAUCUCUAUAGCGCUGGUCACUCUCCUGGCCGUUUUCCUUGUAGAGCGAAUUGACGAUGUUGUCGAGGCGGGCGUGCCAGACCAGUUUCUCGGUCUGAUCCUCCUUCCGCUAGUCGAGAAGGCUGCAGAGCAUCUGACAGCAAUCGAUGAAGCUUGGGACGGUCAAAUGAACUUCGCGCUCUACCACUGCCUCGGCCCUUCGAUCCAAACGGCCCUCUUCAACGCCCCGUUGGUCGUCCUUGUCGGAUGGGCAAUAGGGAAGCCCAUGGAUCUCAACUUUGAGAUCUUCAUGAUCGCUCUGCUCGUCCUUUCUAUUUUGGUGGUUGGCAACUUCCUCCGCGACAAGGAAUGCAACUACUUGGAAGGCGCGUUACUGGUGAUCGUUUAUGUGAUCAUGGCCGUGGCGGCAUGGUAUUAUCCGAACCCAGACGUUGCAACAUCGAACGGUGGCGAGUUUCUUGCUGGCGGGGCGGCCGGUGUGAGGCCUUUGGUGCUGCAGAUGCAUGGCUGA